AUGAAGAAAUCAUCAAGCACCAAUUUGCAAUAUCAAUCUAGUCAAAGAAAAAAGAAUCCAAAUUUUCAAGAUAUUACAGAAACUGAUUCAACCAAGAAAAAUUCAGGACUCAAAAGUUUCAUAUCUAUUGUGAAAAAACUUGCUUUGAUUUUUAGUAGCAAAAGCAAAAAAACAUCUUCAAAUGUUGUUGGAAGUGAUGACAGAAAGAAUACAUCAAAAACAAGAUUUAUGGUAUCAUCUUCAACUGAUUUAUCAUCUGAAAGUGGCAAUAAGAAUUCAUCAAAAUGGAAAUUUUCUUCUUCCUAUGCAUCAUCUAGUACUACAAGUGGACAGCUUGGAAUUGGAAAUUUUACUUUUGAUGAAAUUUUUAAGUCAACUGCGAAAUUCUCGCCGGAUAAUCAGAUUGGUGAAGGUGGAUUUGGAACUGUUUAUAGAGGGAAGCUUAAUGAUGGGACUAUUGUUGCCGUGAAGCGGGCGAAGAAGGAAGCUCUGCAGAGUCACUUAUAUGAGUUCAAGAAUGAAAUAUACACUUUAUCAAAAAUAGAGCACUUGAAUCUUGUGAGAUUAUAUGGAUAUUUGGAGCAUGGAGAUGAGAAGCUUAUUGUUGUUGAGUAUGUUGCUAAUGGAAAUCUCAGAGAACAUUUAGAUGGCACUCGAGGCGAUGGCCUAGAAAUCGGUGAGCGUCUAGACAUAGCAAUUGAUGUAGCUCAUGCAAUAACUUACCUUCAUAUGUACACAGAUAAUCCGAUUAUACAUCGAGACAUCAAAGCGUCAAACAUCUUAAUUAGUGAGAAUUUAAGGGCUAAAGUUGCAGACUUUGGUUUCGCAAGGUUAUCCGAAGACCCUGGUGCAACUCAUAUUUCGACUCAAGUUAAAGGAACAGCUGGUUAUAUGGAUCCUGAGUACUUGAGAACAUAUCAACUCACAGAAAAGAGUGAUGUUUAUUCCUUCGGCGUAUUGCUCGUUGAAAUGAUGACAGGAAGACACCCUAUUGAGCCGAAGAAACAAAUCGACGAGAGAGUCACAAUCAGAUGGGCAAUGAAGAUGCUAAGGAAAGGGGAAGCUGUGUUUGCAAUGGAUCCAAGAUUGAGAAGAAAUCCAGCCUCCAUCAAGGCAAUGAAGAAGGUUUUCAAGUUAGCUUUUCAAUGCCUUGCACCUUCCAUACAUUCAAGGCCACCUAUGAAGAAUUGCGCCGAAGUUCUAUGGGGAAUCCGUAAAAGUUUUAAAGACGAAAUCGCUCCUAUUCCUAUCUUACCUUCUCAUCAAUCCGAAAACAUUCCUCAGAGAGAAAAGAAUAAACAUAUAGUAUUUGGUAUUGAAGAUGAUGACAGCUAUAAAUUUACCUCCGCGCCUAAUCACAUUCGAUCAUGA